AUGGCGGUAAACCAAGGGGGUCGGGCGACCUCUUCUGACUCCUUCUGCUUCCCUGCGCAAGCGCGAAAGCGCCCGAAGGAAUGCGCAGCCACGGCCACAGACGGCCGCCGCGGCCUCUCCUCAAUGCAUCCCCGCCGCAUGUGUGCCUGUGACAAACACGAGAGUGAAGCCCUAAACAGCCUCUCAACUGUCGGUGCCGCGCGACGAAAUAUCGUUGCAGGCUGUUGCGAGUUCGAGGCGACUCUGAGACGCCCACGAGGCUUGCAUUCGAGUUCUCGCCUCCCGCGAUACUCCGUCACCGUUGCCUUCGGUACCCUGAUGUUUCUCAUCUCAUGCUCGACUGUUCCGGGUUCGCUUUGCGCGGAUGCCUCUUCUCUAGGGGUGCUUCCGCGUAUUCCAUUCAUACUCUUUUCUGCUCGUUGGUUCCUACUCGCCUCCCGCGGCGUGGUGUCGGCUGCAACUGCCGCCCAUCUGUCCCUCCAGGAGGCAUGGUUUUCCUCCUCCGAUUCCCCCUUUGCAUCUGCGUCGCCGUCUUCCUUUUCGCCGUCAGCUGUGGCGAAGGGCCGCGCAGCCUACGACGCCUUCCAGCGCGAUGCAGAGGAGACGCGUCACCAGGGCGGCAGCAGGGCCCGCGCCGUCGAGAGUUGCUGGCGAGAAGUUCUGCGAGAAAUCAACCUUCUCCAGAGUCUGCCGAGUGCCCAGGCGUGCAGCAGCCUAGGCGAGGCGUCGCGUGAGUACAUUGCCCUGCUGCGCGCGCGGUGUAUAUACACCCGAACCGGGCGGGCUUUCCCCAAUGCGCGCCAGGGCUGCUACCUCGUGCCGGAUGAGAUUCCCGCCUCCUGGCUGAUGCCGCCCAGGGCCGACGGCGCAGGCUCUGGGGACGGCGGCGAAACAGGAAAAGCCGAGCGACAGCAAGAUGUCGAGGGGGAGCGUCGGUCGGCAAGCGGCGGAGGGGGCGGCCACGCGGCGAGGCCGCGCGAACGGGAAAACGGGGCCAGCAGUGAAGCAGGUGCAACGCUCGACCCUCCUCAGAGACCGGAGAGCUACGCAGCGGAAGGCAGAGAAGGAAUCGAGGGAGGGGGCGAUCGCCAAGCCGGCACUGCCGCGGAUGCGCGGCGCGAGGCGACAGAGCGCAGGCAGGGAGCGCCGCGGCUUGAGAACCCGUGUUUGACUCUGGAGGCGUUUCUCACGCUCCGCCUCGAGCAUCGUGCAGGGGGCUUUGAGGAAGCUCUGCGCAUCCAAGGCAGCGGGAACGACGAGGUAGACGCAGCGAACUCCAGUGCACGACAGCAGCCGUCUCCCUCGGCAUCCUUCGCUGCUUCAGUCGAGAGUCAAGGUGAGCAGGCGGAGGCGAGGCGAGGUGCGAGGCACGCACCUGCGGGGUCGGGCUUGCCGGGGCGGAGCCGCAGCCUGCCCCGAGAAAGCGAAGAGGAGGCGCAGACCGACGACCUCCACAUGCAGGCCUCACGCCGCUUGCUUUUGGCGCUGUCUGACACGGGGCGUGGGGACAGGAAUGUCGGCGAGGCCGCGACGCUGAAAAGCCUCAUGGAGUCGUGCGAGGCGCUGCGGCAGCGAGUUGUCGUGGGAUGCCAACACGCACGCUCCAUGGACUUUGGGACCUUCGCGCUUGUCCGCGAACAGAUCAAUCACAUAGACAACAUCUGCUUUUUCCUGCACAGCGCGGAGUGGCAGCGGCGGAGCGACGAGACGGUCACUCGCCUGGCUGUCGCGUCGGGCGCGGUGGCAUCUCACCUGCGAGCUCAGGCGCGGAACUUGGAAGAGAUGCACGCGAUUCAGAGGCAGCAGCUGGAGGGUGGCUGGCAGGUGACGCAUCUGCUGCAGAAUCUCCAGCACGGCAUGCAAGACGUCUUCGCGGCGCUUCACCAGAUCCGCAGCUUCCACCGCUACUUGGCUGAUGCCGUCGGCAGCGCGCAGACCUUCUUCUUCUACCUGUUCGCGCUGCUGCUCUCCUUGGUCUUCACCGCCCACGUGCGGCUCCAGGGCGCGCGCCUCUCCCUGUUCACCCUCCUCCUCUUGCUCGCCAGUGCCGAGGUGGCGGCGCGGAAGUGGGGCCUGAGCGCGCUCCUGUUUCUCCGCCUCAAGUAUCUCCAGGGAACGGACCUCGCAGCUGGCCUCAUUCGCCUGCUCCUCGCGGGCGACGACAACGAGAUCCAGGCGGGGAGAGAGACGCCAUUUUUCGAGAAACACAAACGCGCUUGGGACGACCCCUCUCUGGAAGACAUCGAAGCUGUCGCCUUCUGGCUAAGGUGUGUAUACACCUCGGCGGCGGUUGCGAUUUGGCUGCACCGCGCGCUUCUCCACAAGACGGCGGAGGACUUGCUUCGCGAGGAGAUGAAAAAGCUUUAA